AUGUGGCAUUCCUCAAGGCCCACGCUCGGGUUCCCCCUCGGCAUGGCGCUCCUGCUCCUCGUCAUCUUCUCCCUCGGUGCCAUCUUCUCCUGCUGCUACCACUGGGACAGGCUCCGCUCCCUCCUCCGGUCUCGGCAUCCCGGCAUGCUCCAGGAAGGUCCGCACACCGUCAUCUCAAUUGGAUCGGCGCCGAGCAAGGCUGCCUCCGAGCACAAGAGCGAGAAAGCUGGAAAGGAGUGCGGGUUGCCCGUGAUCAUGCCCGGGGAUAACAUCGCGAAGUUCUACGCGAGGCCCUGCCCGCACGAGGCGUGUUUAGCUGCAGCAGCAGCAGCAGCAGCAGAGAAGGGCGAAGUCGAGGUUACAACAAGGACGUGUUUGGUUGACAGCACAACCUCCAUCCAGGAUUUGGGGGACAAAUUUGGCUGUUUGUGCUGUAUUGGCAAGCUGGUCCUCGACAAUGCUGUUGGCAGCUGCUUGAAGGAUGGGGGAGAAGACAUCGGCUCCAAGAGAUUUUUUCAAUGUGUGGAAAUAGUAUAUUUGCUAGAAAAGAUAAAGAGCUCUGUGGAACUCGGCCUCUGCUAUGCUUUUUCAUGCCCUUCUCCCCAUUUUUAG